AUGAGUACACAUGUUUAUACAACAAAAUCUAAUCCAACAGAUGUUCAAAUCAAAACACGGUCUGUACAACGAGCAUUAGAUCCAUUAGUUGUGGAGGUAACGUCAUUGAUAUCUGAACAACCAUCAAAUACAAAAAAAGGUCGUUCAAAACAAGCUCAACAAUUAGUUGAAAAUGUUAUUCGAGCAACAGAAAAUUUUAUUAAUAAAGCUGGUGAAAUUGCUCAUGAAAAUCCUGAUAUGCGUAAUGAUUUAUUACAAAGUAUGAAGGAAGUUAAACGGACAGGUGAUGAAAUGGUUGUUUUAUCAAAAGAAUUUGCUGAUGAUCCAAGUUCAAAAAUCAAACGUGAAAAAAUGAUUAUUGCUGCUCGAGCUUUACUUACAUCAGUUACACAAUUACUGAUCUUAGCUGAUCUUAUUGAUGUACAAUCUAUUUUAAAAUCUAUUCGUUUAAUUGAAGAUGAUUUACAACAUAUUUAUAAUGUAUCAAAUCAAGAAGAAUUAAUUCAUUAUUAUAAACAAUAUGGAAAAGAUCUAAACGAUUUAAAUCAUCAUGCACAACGACGACAACAAGAUUUAGUUGAUCGAACUGAACAAGAAAAUUUAGCUGCUGCACGCGCUACAUUAAAACGAUCCUCAGUAAUAUUAUUUACAUCAGCAAAAACUUAUUUACGUCAUCCUGAAAUCCCUUCGGCACGUGAAAAUCGUGAUUUUAUUUAUAAUCAAUUACGUCAUGCUGUUAAUGUGAUUUCUUCCAUAACACAAGGACAAUCUGAAACAUCAACAUAUAAUUCAUCAUUAAAUACAAUUGGAGAUUUAACAAGAGCAUUAAAUGAAUUCGACAAUAUAAUUAUGAUGAAACCACAAAAAUUUAAUGAACAAGUUAUUCGACCACAACUUGAAGGACGUCUCGAAGAUAUAAUAUCAGGUGCAGCAUUACUUGCCGAUUCAUUAUCAACAAGAGAAGAUCGUCGGGAUAAAAUUGUUCAAGAAUGUAAUUUUGUUCGACAAGCAUUACAAGAAUUACUUGAUGAAUAUAUUAAAUAUUCGAAAAAGAAAAGUUCAGAUGAAAAUGUUAAUGAAAAAAUUCAAUUAAUGCAAACAAAAACUCGUGAUUUACGAAAACAGCUUCGAAAAGCAGUUGUUGAUCAUGUUAGUGAUACAUUUGUGGCUACUAAUGUUCCACUUCUUGCUUUAAUCGAUGCAGCACGACGUGGUAAUAUUCAAUUAGUUGAAGAAACUGCUCAAAUCUUCAUAGAACAUGCAGCUAAACUAAUUGAAGUUGCUAAUGUUGUAUGUUCAAUGUCUGAUUCUAUUGAAGGUAUAAAAUUAGUUCGUGUUACUGAAAAACAAAUUGAAAACCUUGCGCCACAAGUUGUAAAUGCUGCACGUAUACUUGCUGCACGUUCAACAUCAAAAGUAGCUCUUGAAAAUAUGGAUAUAUUUCGUGAUACAUGGGAAAAACAUGUUCGUUUAUUAACUGAUGCUGUUGAUGAAAUUACAAAAAUUGAAGAUUUUCUUGCUAUUUCGGAAAAUCAUAUACUUGAAGAUAUUAAUUCAUGUAUUCAAGCUAUGGUUGAACGAAAUCCAGAUCGUGUUGAUCGUACAGCAGGAGCUAUCCGAGGACGAUCAAUGCGUGUUAUUGAUGUAGUUACAGCUGAAAUGGAAAAAUAUGAACCAGGAGAAUAUACAGAAGCUGUUAUGGAAAGUGUGCGGGUUCUUCGAGAUCACGCUAUGCCAAAUUUUGCCGAAAGAAUUCAAAUAGCUAUUGAUAUUCUUCGAAUGAAAUCUGCACAAGAUAAUAGAACAUAUGAAUUAACUGAACAAGAAUUAAUUGAAGUAUCAAGUAAUGUUUAUCAUUGUAUACGUGAUAUUCGUAAUAGUGUAUUAAUGAAUCCGGAUCUUGAAUGGCCAAGUGAUGAUGAGGAAGGUUUAAAUGAAGAAAUUUAUGCUCCAUCUCAAACAUCAAGUCAUGGACCAUCAUCCGAUGGUCAACAAGUCGAUCUUGAAAUGCAUCCAGGCAAAAAUGAUAAUCCUAGUCGAGAUAUGAUGAGACGAUUACCAAAAGAAGAACGCGAACAAAUUGAAAUUCAAGUUGAAGGUUUUAAAAAGACGAAACGUGAUUUUGAACGUGAAGUACUUAAAUGGGAUGAUCGUGGUAAUGACAUAAUUGUUCUUGCUAAAAGAAUGUGUAUGAUUAUGAUGGAAAUGACUGAUUUUACUCGUGGCCGUGGACCAUUACGUACAACAAUGGAUGUAAUUAAUGCAGCAAAAAUGAUAUCCGAAUGUGGAUCAAAAUUAAAUAAAUUAGCUAAAGAUAUUGCAGCUCAAUGCGUUGAAUCUCAGUCGAAAUCUGAUUUGGUUGCUUAUGUUGAUCGUAUUACUCUCUAUUGUCAUCAAUUGGAUAUAACAAGUAAAGUAAAAGCUGAUGUACAAAAUAUAAGUGGUGAAUUAAUUGUUAGUGGACUUGAUAGUGCAACCUCAUUGAUAACUGCGGCAAAAAAUUUAAUGAAUGCUGUUGUGCUUACAGUUAAAGCAUCGUAUAUUGCAUCGACGAAAUAUCGUAAUAAAUCGGGAAAUAAAGAGCCAAUUGUUCAAUGGAAAAUGCGUUUACCUGAAAAAAAACCAUUGGUAUUAAUCGAUCGACAAAAUGAAUCAGAUUCACGCAUAAGAAAAGGUUCGGCUAAAACACGACUUGAACCAUUGCAUGUUCUGAGUCAAUUUCAGAAUUAA